AUGAGCGUUGAAAUAUAUGAUCAUAUAGAACUGAGCGUCGAGGACCCUAUAUCACCGAGUUCUGACUUACGGAGAACCGCCCACAUCGAGAUACACAUAAUUGAGAGGAACUUAAUAGCUAGCGAGGAUGAAAAGUGUCCAGGAAAAUCUUGUUACACGAGUACAACUGUAAAUUUCUCCCGGCCUUCGCUCCGACGCCUCGCCAGCUCUCCCGCCUCGUCCAUCAAACCGUCGCCUGAAAACACAGAACCUCCUCCUCCUCCUCCUGGGAAAUCCGAGAACCGCGUCUUGCCUGAGACUCGAACCAAAGGCGAUAUUUCAUGGGGCCUUCAACGCGAACCUCAGCACGUCAUCGUAAAGGACGUCUGGGAAUCCAUCUCUCCUGACCUGAAGGAGGCGAUUUUCUCAUUAGAGCAACGGCCCAAUCCCUUUCCAAAUGCCAGGAGGCGCUCGGCGAGGCUACUGACGGAGGCUACGGCGUGGAAGGAGGGGAAGAUGACGGUGGCGAAGGGCGUGGGUGAGGAGGGUUAUAGGAAGAUGGUGGGGGCGAUGGUGACGAUGAUGGUGAUGAAUGAUGACAAAGACAACGAAAGCGACGCAACGACGAAGACAUCGCCAACGAAGACGACGACGCAGACGGUGACGCAGAUAAAACAAACGACGACGGAGACGACGACGCAGACGGUGACGCAGAUAAAACAAACGACGACGGAGACGACGACGCAGACGGUGACGCAGAUAAAACAAACGACGACGGAGACGACGACGCAGACGGUGACGCAGAUAAAACAAACGACGACGGAGACGACGACGCAGACGGUGACGCAGAUAAAACAAACGACGACGGAGACGACGACGCAGACGGUGACGCAGAUAAAACAAACGACGACGGAGACGACGACGCAGACGGUGACGCAGAUAAAACAAACGACGACGGAGACGACGACGCAGACGGUGACGCAGAUAAAACAAACGACGACGGAGACGACGACGCAGACGGUGACGCAGAUAAAACAAACGACGACGGAGACGACGACGCAGACGGUGACGCAGAUAAAACAAACGACGACGGAGACGACGACGCAGACGGUGACGCAGAUAAAACAAACGACGACGGAGACGACGACGCAGACGGUGACGCAGAUAAAACAAACGACGACGGAGACGACGACGCAGACGGUGACGCAGAUAAAACAAACGACGACGGAGACGACGACGCAGACGGUGACGCAGAUAAAACAAACGACGACGGAGACGACGACGCAGACGGUGACGCAGAUAAAACAAACGACGACGGAGACGACGACGCAGACGGUGACGCAGAUAAAACAAACGACGACGGAGACGACGACGCAGACGGUGACGCAGAUAAAACAAACGACGACGGAGACGACGACGCAGACGGUGACGCAGAUAAAACAAACGACGACGGAGACGACGACGCAGACGGUGACGCAGAUAAAACAAACGACGACGGAGACGACGACGCAGACGGUGACGCAGAUAAAACAAACGACGACGGAGACGACGACGCAGCCGGGACGACGCCAGCGGGCAAAACCUCGCGCCGCUCGCAGGCCGAAAACGAAUGGGAUUGCUCUAUCUAACGUCUGGUUGCACAAAGCGUGA